AUGUGGAGUCUCAUUAAUCCAUUCAGAUAUAAGUCAACUACUGUGUUUGAAGAUGCAGCUGAAGGAUUAGUGUGUUGUGCAGCAUUAGGUGGAACACUCUACUUUUUUAGAAAACAUAUUCCACAUCCAACAGAAUUUCCACCCAUUGGUUGGCUAGCAUUGAAAUUUGGUUGCCAUCAUCAUGAAAAAUUCAAUUUGUUGUUAGAUAUCCAUGAAUGCACAGAUCUUCCCCAACCUGGGAAAUAUCUAAUUAAGCUAACUUGUGGACGUAGUGAAGCACAAACAAAGACAGCUGUCACGAAGGAUUUACAGAAUUCAUGGAUAUUACGUUCUACAACAAAUAGUUCCGAAAUUUGUAUAUUUUCUCAGAAGGUUCUUGUACAUGUUAGACAAAGAGAUGAGUUUCUGUUACUUGAGUUAGUUAACAGUGGGAGAAUUUCAAACUCCUUAAUUGGAACAUGUAAAAUAAGAAUUGGUGACUUAAUUGAUACAAAAUUUCCAAAAAAAGUUACUUAUUCGUUUCAGAAAGAAUAUAAAAAUGUUGCUAAAAUAAGUGUCUCAUUUUACAAACUCUCACCUAACAUGAUCAUAGAGGAGACAACCCCUCUUUUAUUUCAAGCCAUGAUAAAUAUGCAAACAGAUGCUGAUAUCAAAGGUCAUUCCAUAUCAAUUGACUUUGCUAACAUGUCUGAGAAGGAUCAGUUGACUUUUUUUUCAAAGGUAUUGCAGGGUAAUCUUUAUUGCUUCGAGUCAGAAGAUAUAGAUAAAGCUCAAAUGUAUUAUUUCCGUGCAGUCGAAUCACUUCCGAAUAGAUGGGAGUGGGAUUACUGGAUAAGUGAAGGAGAGUACCUGAAGGGUGGAAGUAAACUUGGUGGGUACUUAUUUUUAGCAAUAAGUAUCGUCCUUCCCGAUAAAUCUGAUAGAAAUAAGUUUUAUAUAAAAUAUCAUGAUCUAUCAGGAGCCCAUGACCUUUUUUUCCAUACUGUUGAUCGUGAUCGCGAUAUAUGGUCUGAAGGUUUAUAUGAAUUUAUAGAUAGACUAAGGUCAUAUUUAAACCAUACUAAGGAAGACAAUGCACUCAUUAAUUUAGAUAUACAGAAUACUUCGUUUACCGAAGCUAAAGAGCCAAGUGUAUAUAGAGACCCCUCCAAGGUAAAUCUGGAAAAUGAGGCUAUAUAUUCAGCAAAUGAUCAGACUAAUGAGAGCCCACACAAAGACCCAAGAUCUCCAACCCGCACUAGAGGAAGAACUAUAAAGCCUACUUUACAGAAGGUUCCAUAUGAUAACUAUAUUAGUGAACUAAAUCUGACCCCAAGUUCAAUUAAAAGAAUGAUGAGGGAGGUAUCUCCCCCACGCAAAGAAUUAGAUGAAGUACAGCCUCUACUAAGUAGUAACAAAUUUUAG